AUGAGCGCCGAAGAGCUGCACGAUAUUGCCGCUGCCUUGGCAAAGGCACGCAUCACGCAAACACCGAUCGACCCCCCGAAAACCACAUAUCCCGCUCUCACUGCCGAUGGUGCAUUCGAGAUCCAGAGGAUCACAGUCCAAAACGCGGUCAAAGGCGGCGACCGGCAUGUUGGGUACAAGCUGGGAAACAUCGCCAAGGUCAUGCAAGCCGCCUUUGGUCUCGACCACCCAGACUACGGCUUCCUCCUGGGAAGUCUCUUCCUGCACGAGGGCGAGAAGAUCUCCCUGAGCAAGUUCAUCAAGCCGUACGUUGAGCUCGAGCCCGCCUUCGUGCUCAAGGGACCUCUCAAAGGCCCCAACGCAACCGUCGCAGACGUGGUGCGCGCGAUUGACUUUGCCAUCCCUGCCAUUGAGAUUAUUGACUCGCGAGUCAAGAACUGGGCCAUCGGUCUCGAGGACACGCUGGCGGACAACGGGUCUCAGGGAGGCAUCAUCCUCGGCGGCACCCCACGGCGCAUCACCGACCUGGACCUGCACAAUACAAAGGGGGUCCUCCGAUUCAACGGCACCAAGAUUAUAGCAGGCAACACGCAAAACAUCCUGGGAAACCCCUUGGCGGCUACUGCAUGGCUGGUCAACAGUCUCGCUGCGUACGAUGUCGAGUUCCUUCCGGGCCAGGUCAUCAUGCCUGGCAGCUGCCUUCAGGCGAUGCCAAUGGACCGACCAGGACGGUGGAGCUGCAGCUUCGAGGGCUGGGGGAGUAUUGAGUUUGACGUUGUUGAGUAA